GUCGAUCAUUUUUCGUUUGCAAAGCAGGACAUGUACAAUAUGACGUAUUUGCUCUACAGAAAUCACUCGGACAAUGCAACCUCAAUUUUCUUUUACACUGGUAACGAGGGCCGUAUCGAGCAUUUUGCGGAGAAUAUAAUCUUCGCGGAGCACCGAUAUUAUGGGUCGUCUCUACCUUUUGGAAAUGAGUCCUUCUCUGAUCGAAAACAUUUUGGUUACUUGACCGCAGAACAGGCUCUAGCGGAUUACGCCGAGUUUUUGACUGAAUUCAAGUGUGCCAACCCAAAGCUCGCCGACCUGCCCGUUAUAUCUUUUGGCGGUUCCUAUGGUGGGAUGCUGACCGCGUGGUUCCGACAAAAAUACCCCAACAUCGUUGCAGGGUAA